UCUGAAGGCAAUUGUGAAUCAUCGGAUGAAUUAGAUGAAUUAAAUGCUAAGAGAGAAGAAGAAAGGCCACAAAUUGUUGUUUUAAAAGAAGGGAAACAUUUGAGUGAAAAUGAAGUGAAAAAAAUUUUAGAAUCAAAGGAAAAAAAUGAAAAAAAAGAAUCUUCGUCGGAAGAAGAGGAAAGUCAAGAAGAUUCACCAGCUAUUGAUGAGAAAACCGGAAAACUUCUUUUUCAUACUGUCGUGGGUUCGUCAAAGGCAAAAACUAGCAAAUCUGACUCUAUAAAAGCUGUUAAUGAAGUUAUUGACGGAAUGAAACGUAAAAGAAAUAGUAAGAAUGAAACUGAUGCAUCAGUUAGUACAGAUAAAAAACCUAAACUUAAAAAAACAAAGAAAACACUUUUGAGUUUUGAUGAAGAAGGUGGAUAA